UACAUUACACGAGUUCCUUGUGGAAGACAACACUGUACAAUGUACUAAUAUAUACAUGCUUACAUGUGCCAGAGUGUAUCUAUGUAGUUGUAACAAGCAAGACUGUAAUUCAGAUAGAGGACUUCGUUCCGUUAUAUUGGCUGAGCCGGUAUGGCUUCAGAUGUAAAACCUGUGAAUAAUAUCCCAGUGGAUAUUAGACAGUUUGUUGGCACCUACAUGGGUAAAACAUUUAAACAAUAUGCACGUGAAUUGUUUACCAAUAUUAGACUGGUUGAUUUAUGUGUGAAGCCGUCGUAUCUCUUGGACUAUGGUAUGGAUGACGUAGAGAAGCUCGUGUCGCUCUUAAAGGAAAUGAAACAUAGGACUUAUAUAACAAACAAUUUAAAUGUUUUACGGCUAGAUAUGGAUAUCAUCAUAAUCAAUCCCGCGACAAUUAAAAAGAUACAAAAUCAAUCAUCUAAAUUAGAAUCUAAAUUUACUAUUGUUGACGUUAGCAAAACACGAGGAUCGCCGGAAGUAAUGUGUAAAAGUUGCCAAGUGUUUGACCAAUUAAAACAGAUAAUUGAUUGUGUACUUCCGGAUUGUGAACAUACCAGACAGCUCACUGUGGAUUGUAGAUCUGCCAACCUUACCACCAUUUUCGGCGUGUUGCUAGGUUACCCAGUCGUAUACUGGUUUGAUAACGAGGACGGAUUGAUGGCGAACUGCUUGGAUAUGGAACCUCUGGAGAGCUUUAGGGUUAUAGGUCAACGUCAUGAUGACGAAAGUGAACACUGUGUAUAUUCUUUUUCAGUUCCAAAAUGUGUUCUUGGUAAUCUUCGGGACCAGGUCAUGGAAUGGUUCAAGGUCAUUCACGACGAUACUGAGUGGAAACAGGUUCUUCGGGAUUUCACAUUGAUUCACACUACUGUAGAAUUGGAUACGGUGGCUUUAUAAAUAUAUUUACGUAUGAAAA